AUGGAAACCAGGGGCAAAGCUGCAGCUGCUGUCCUAGCUGGGUCCUUGCUCUCCUCCAUCCUCCAAGCCACCAGAGUCCCCACCGAUGCCCUGCUGGAGGAUGUGAUCCUGGAGAAUAUCAGCUGGGCUCCCGAGGAAGCCCAGGGCAAUGAAUCCUCUGAGCAUGCCUUUUUCUCUGUGGACUACCAGCACGUCCAAGUCCCCUUUGAAAUCACUCUGUGGAUCAUGCUUGCAUCCUUGGCCAAAAUAGGGUUUCAUCUGUAUAACAAGCUGCCUUCUGUCGUUCCCGAGAGCUGUUUGCUGAUAUUUGUGGGGCUCAUCAUGGGGGGAAUCAUCUAUGGCCUGAACGACAGGUCCCCGCCUGUUAUGGACAGCGACAUCUUCUUCCUCUACCUCCUGCCGCCCAUCGUGCUGGAUGCAGGCUACUUCAUGCCCAGCCGCCCCUUUUUUGAGAACAUCGGCACUAUCCUCCUCUACGCUGUGGUGGGGACCAUAUGGAACGUGUUUGGGAUCGGCUUCUCCCUCUAUGGGAUCUGCCAGGUGAAAGCCUUCCAGCUGCAGGACGUGUCGCUGCUGCACAACCUGCUCUUCGGCAGCCUGAUCGCGGCGGUGGAUCCCGUGGCGGUGCUGGCUGUGUUUGAGGAGAUCCAUGUCAAUGAGAGGUUGCACAUCCUGGUCUUUGGGGAGUCGCUCCUGAACGAUGCCGUGACGGUGGUGCUGUACAAGCUGUUCCGCUCCUUCUGCGAAAUGCCCGCGGUCAAAAGCGUGGACGUGGUGGCAGGAGUCGGGAAGUUCUUCGUGGUGGGGCUGGGAGGCGUUCUGGUGGGGCUGGCUUUCGGGCUGACGGCCGCCUUCACCACACGCUUCACCAAGGACAUCCGCGUCAUCGAGCCGCUCUUCGUCUUCCUCUACAGCUACCUCUCCUACCUCACCGCGGAGAUGUUCCACCUCUCGGGCAUCGUUGCCAUCAUUGCUUGUGCCAUGGGCAUGAAACGCUACGUGGAGGCCAACAUCUCUCUGAAGUCUCACACCACAGUCAAGUACUUCAUGAAGAUGUGGAGCAGUGUCAGUGAUACCCUCAUCUUCAUCUUCCUUGGAGUUUCCACCAUUGGAGAAAACCAUGAGUGGAACUGGCCAUACAUUUGCUUCACUGUCAUUUUCUGUCUCCUUUGGAGAGCACUGGGGGUCCUUGUGCUGACUUUCUUUGUGAACAGAUUUCAUGUGAACACCAUCACUGGCAAAGACCAAUUCAUCAUAGCAUAUGGGGGCCUCCGAGGAGCCAUUUGUUUCUCUUUGGUUUUCUUGCUCCCUGACUUUCACAGGAAGAAGCUCUUCAUCGCAGCAACAACUGUUGUCAUCCUCUUCACCGUGUUCAUACAGGGGAUGACCAUCCGUCCUCUUGUUGACUUGUUGGCUGUCAAGAGGAAAAGAGAGAGUGCUCCUACAGUGGGAGAGCAGAUCCAUAUCCGGUUCUUGGAUCAUUUGCUGGCUGGCAUUGAAGAUAUAUCUGGACACUGGGGACAGUAUUACUGGAAAGACAAGUUAGAAUAUUUCAACAGCAAAUACCUGCAGAAGCUCCUGCUUCGGGAACACAACCAGCCGAAAUCGAGCAUCGUGCUGCUCUACGAGAAGCUGGAGCGGAAGCAUGCCAUCCAGCUGGCAGAAGCAGGGCAGCUGGGCCAUGCCCCAUCCCACCCAGCCUUGCUCAACAACAGGGCUGUCAUAACAGACAGAAAAGUGGAGGAUGCUCUGACUCCGGACAUCCUGGACAACAUACAGGAAAUAUUGGCAAGGAACCUGUACCGAACCAGGAGGACGGGGCCGGCGUACAACAGGCACACCCUUCCUGGAGAGACCGAGCCUGGCGAGCAUGCCGAGGAGAUCCUGAUCCUGCGGCACAGGGGCCUGCGCCUGGAGCUGAGCGGCGCUGACACGGCCAGCUGCAGGAAGGAGUCACAGAAGGAGGACUCCUACUCGAUGCAGAGUGACUCCAGCGUGCAGCCCAAGCUGUGCCGCUCCUUCACCGUGGGGACUGCAGACCAGGUUCGUGAAGUGAAACAGAACCGGUCCCAGUCGGUGUGUGUCGUGCCCCCGCCGCAGCCCGGCGCUGCCGCCAGGAACAGGAGCAGAGACGUGGAGAAAGAGCUGACUUGGGAGGUGGAAAAGCACCACUGA